UGUCAGUUGGGCUUUCCAGGGAUGUGUAAGCCCAGCAGCCGUUUUGACUUUCUCUGCCUUCCCUUUUCCGCCUUCCCGCCUUUCCACUCACACACAUUUACAAGCAGCUUUGCAGCCUCCCACCCACCACAGCAAGCAGAUGAGAGAGUCAGUUGUCUCCAAUCCCUUGGAGUGGUGAUCUUCUACCUGUUACAAAGUGUUUCUACCUGACUGGUAACCAAAAUCUCCCCUACAAUCGCUUCUACGAGCAGAACAGAACCGUCCUCCCCCGCCCGAAUCAACCCCCACCACACGGUGAAAGUGAGCCCUCACGAUGUCCAACACCGAUCCCGCGGGAGUCGAUCGCGGCCAGCCUCUAUAUAAUGUCGUGAACAAUGACAAGAAGCGGGUUGCCUACUUCUACGAUUCUGACAUUGGCAACUAUGCCUACGUUACUGGGCAUCCGAUGAAACCCCAUCGCAUCAGGCUGGCCCACAGCCUGGUGAUGAACUACAACAUCUACAAGUAUCUGGAGAUCUACCGCGCAAAACCUGCCGUUUUCGCCGAGAUGACCCAAUUCCACACGGACGAGUACAUCGAUUUCCUCCAGAAGGUCACCCCCGAUAAUAUGGACAAUUUCAUGCGCGAGCAAGGAAAGUACAAUGUCGGUGAUGACUGUCCUGUCUUUGACGGGCUCUUCGAGUUCUGUGGCAUCAGCGCCGGUGGCUCCAUGGAGGGAGCUGCAAGACUCAACCGGCAGAAGUGCGACAUCGCUGUCAACUGGGCGGGCGGCCUGCACCACGCCAAGAAGAGCGAAGCCAGCGGCUUUUGCUACGUCAAUGACAUCGUCCUCGCCAUCAUCGAGCUCUUGCGUUUCAAGAAACGAGUCCUCUAUAUAGAUAUUGAUGUUCACCAUGGAGAUGGAGUCGAGGAAGCAUUUUACACCACCGACCGGGUCAUGACGGUGUCGUUCCACAAAUAUGGCGAGUACUUCCCUGGCACAGGCGAGUUGCGCGACAUCGGUAUCGGACCUGGCAAGAACUACGCCGUCAAUUUCCCUCUCCGCGACGGAAUUGACGACGCCUCCUACAAGACCAUCUUCGAGCCCGUCAUCGAUGCCGUGAUGCAGUAUUACCAGCCCGAGGCCGUCGUCCUGCAAUGCGGCGGCGACAGUCUCUCAGGCGAUCGCUUGGGAUGCUUCAACCUGAGCAUGCACGGCCACGCGAACUGCGUCAAUUUUGUUCGCAGCUUCAAUCUGCCCACCCUCGUCCUCGGCGGCGGCGGCUACACCAUGAGAAACGUGGCGCGAACCUGGGCAUACGAAACCGGCCGACUUGUUGGCGUCGAGAUGGACUCAACGCUGCCAUACAAUGAGUACUACGAUUAUUACGGGCCCGACUACGAGCUUGACGUACGCUCCUCGAAUAUGGAGAAUGCGAACAGCUACGAGUACCUCGAGAAGAUCAAGAUCGCAGUCAUAGAAAAUCUCAAGAAGACGGCACCCGUGCCGUCCGUUCAGAUGCAGGACGUCCCCCGACACGGGCUAGGACUUACAGACGAGGAGGAGGCCGAGCUCGACGACCUCAACGAAGACGAGAAUAAGGACGUGCGCAUGACGCAACGGCAGUGGGAGAAGAGCAUUGCCCGGCAAGACGAGUAUGAGGAUAGCGACGACGAAGACAUGGCGCAUGCCAACGGAGUCCACAAGACCAAUGGCCGCACUCGGCGGUCUAUCCUCGACUACCGCAACCCCCAUGCCGCCGACAUGGACAUGGACAGCGGCAUGGCAACGCCGGUUCGAAACGGCGAUGGCCCUGCAGAAGAGGCACAGGAAGCGGACGAGACCAUGGUGGAUGACGACCUUGCCGAUGAGCCGCAGACCGAAACCGCCGAUAAGGACGAUGAGGUUGCGAAGGAAGCGGCUAUCAUCAAUGACGACGACGGGGACGUUGACAUGGACGAGGCAGGCGACGAGCCUCAAGAAACUGCCAUCAAGAGCGAGGACGUAGAUGCUCUCCCGUCCCCCCAGCUCGAGAGGAGGCGGACACCUGUCGCCGACACGUCCAGAGGAUCCCCCGAUGCGGAGUCGCCGAAGGAGAAUAAUAAAUCUGCGGCCGCGUCUCCCCCGGCCUCAGCCAACGGCGACGGACCCCAAGCGGUAGAGGAGAGCGUGGAGGUGUCCGAUAAGAUGGAAAUGGACGAUCGGGGAGGCAGUAAGGAUGCCGACGACGAGGGCAGUCCUAGCGAGGCGCAGAGGUCUUAGAGAGACGGCUCCAUGCCAUCUAGCUCGGGUGCAUCCAGUAGCACCAUUGCAUGAGAGGCGUCUGCGGAGUUAAACGGUGCCGUUCCAAGGACUGGGGCCAAGGGCGCGGGAGACGGCGCCAUCAAGGGUUUUUUUCUUUCUCUUUUUCUUCUCAAUCUUUCUUUUUUUAAGGGAUCGUGCUUCCUUUGCUACAGCGUAUGUUAUAUGAGGAUAGGUACUACUCAGCUACUAUGUAUACCAUUUUCAUUGAGCAGCACCAUCCCCUUAGGGUUCCAUAUUUAUU